GGCAUUGCGGUGGUCUUUGUGUUUGUUCUUCAUGUGCAUUUGCUUUAAAGUUACCCCAACAGAAGCUUCAUCUUGGAGCGCCACUGUGCCAUCCUCAGUGAAAGGUCUUCUUGGCGCAUGUGUGGUGAUCCCCUGCUCUUAUAACUACCCAGAUCCACAAAUCAGUACCACAAGCUUUACAGGCAUUUGGUAUAAUAACAAUAAUCAAGUCAUCUGUCAUUCGGAUAAGUCUCAAACUUCGGGUCAGUUUCGGAAUAGGACAAAGCUGCUGGGAGACCUCAGCAAGAAGAACUGUUCUCUGAUGAUUGAUGAUCUUCAACAAAGUGAUGUGGGGCCUUUAUAUUUCCGGAUUGAAAUUAAAGGUUAUGACCAGUACUCCUACAAAAAUAACAAAGUCUCUGUUUCAGUCAGUCAACCUGUUUUCUCUGUGCAAGAGGUAAAGGAGGGUGAGAAUGUGUCUGCAUCCUGCUCUGUGUUUCACUCCUGCCCCACAUAUCCACCUUCUUUCAUCUGGAGUCACUCUGGAGAGCAGCAUGAUCAAACACAGCAGCUUCAUGAAGGCCAGUGGAAUUCAACAUCUACUCUGACCUUUCGCCCAAACCACUCUGAUCACAACAAGCCUUUAAAAUGCAACAUAACAUACCAUCGAGGGCUGCACCUGGAAACAUCUAAGAUACUUCAAGUAAGAUUUCUCACAGAUGGCCCUGACAUCAAGCCUUCCUCAAAGUGCUCCUCCGAGGACGGCGUGGUAAAGUGUGAGUGCAUCGUAGAGUCCGAGCCUCCCAGCAUGGUCUAUUUUAUUCUUGGUGACAGAGUCAUGCAAAGCAGCAAAGCAGAGAAAAAUGGCUCUGUUACUAUUGAGACUCUGCAGACAGACUUUGGGUCUUUCAGGUUUGUGCACUGCCUGGCAAACAACAUGCUGGGAUAUGACAACAUCUUGCUCUCUUUACCUGUUAAUGACAACAUGCAGAAUAUUCUUAUCUCGACCGGAGCAGGUGUGAUUUUGCUGAUUAUUUUGAUAGGAAGUGGAGUGGGAGUUGUUAAAAAAUGUAGGGGGAGAUCAAGAGACACAACAACCACUAACCUGAGCACCAUGAUGUCAGACAGACCUGUGGAGCUCCCUCAUAGUGCCCCACCGAAAAGGAAAAUGAGCCGUAAGGAUAUCCCUUCCCCUGACAUGUACACCAAUUAUCCUGUCUAUAGCAACACUGACUGGGAUGAGUCAAUAUAUGCCAAUGUGUAGCGUGUGGAAGACCAGCUGGAGUCCAUGUUUAUGUCCUCUGAUAUACGAGUUAAGAAUGAGUCAAGGUUUUUUUCCCAAUCUCAUUCAGUUUUCAAUGUUUAUCACUUAUAUCUGUCAUAUAUAAUUCACAUUUUAUUUGCAGAAUACAAUAAGUAAAUAUUA